AUGUCUGAGUCAUCUGAUGAUAGGUUGGCUAGACUUGAAGCAAGGAGGAAAAGGAGAGAACAGAGAAGACUUAGUCUUGACACAGAUGAAGAAAGUAAGCAUGUUAAUGGAACAGAUGAGGGUGAUGUUGAUGUUGGUGGACGGUCUCGUUCUUCCACCACAGAUAGUGAAAUUGAAGCUUCUAGGGUUCUGACACGUGAGGAAAAAAGACAGGAAAGGCGUGACAAAAAGAGGCAGCGGGAAAUGGCAGAGAAAGCUAAAGAACAAGGAGCUAAAUCUGCAGCAGUGGUAACAGACUUUAGCAAAAGAGAAAUUCGUGAACGGAGACCAAGUGAUCUAGAGAUUUUGUCGGGAGACAGUGAGAGUGUGGAUGAUGCCGAACGAGAAAAUGACGAGAAAAGUGCAAAGCAAGGAAAGAAAAAAACUGGUUAUGGUGCAUAUGCCUCUGCUCUGCGCAGAGAUUCGCAAGGUGGUGAUGUGGACAAGAGAAAGGAGCGAUAUGCAGCUGCUGUUGAGGGGUACCAUAUUGAUGAUGAUGAUGGUGAUAUUGAUUUGGAACCUUCAGUCGAUCUUCAUGCCCAACAACCAGAGAUUAUGUCCACUUCUCCAGUCAAGAGGAUUAAGGAAGAUUACCUGACCUCAGCAACUGGAAAAAGCAGAGUUGUGCCACAUUCUGAAGAGCAGCCAACACCCCACCACCUUGCAAGGCAAUGGCCUCCUCCACCUACAGCUAAGGAUGAUGAUGCAGAUGAGCAAGAGCCACGAAAGGGUGUGGUGAAGACAUUCGAGGAAGUUGAAGCCCCAGAAGAAGACAGAGGUGUUGAUGAAGGUCACGUUGAGUCUGUCCAAUCAUUAAAAGCCCAAUGGCAGCAUAAAGAACCAGCAAAGAAGCCAGGAGUGAACAAACCAUAUGUACCCAUUAAGAAAGACGGUGAGUGGAUCACGCAUUUUAGACCUGUUAUAGAUGAAGGAGAAACGCCCAAAGAGCCACAGUGGUUACAAAUGGUGCGGCAACGGAGAUGGAGGUCAACAGUGGCUGCCCGCUUUCCUCAAGAUGAACAAGAGAAAGAAGUGUUUGAAAAGCGUUCCACAACACCCAGAAAAUUCAAGAAGCCUAAUCCAUAUUCUCUCAUGCGAUCCAAGUCUGACCUUGAGGAUGAAUUUGAAAUAGCCAUGAGAAGAAGGCGUCGAAAGACAGACGAUGAUGAGUCCAUUGAUGGCAGCAAGCGUUCGUGGACUUCCAUGAGUGACUUUGAUCAGGAAUCUGUGGGUGUUCUGAACAAGGUUCCCAUUCAGGGUCCCUUGAAAGAGUACAAGAAAAAUCUCGAGUUGGAACGGGCUCGUUCAACCAUGCUUAAGUGGACUUUUUCAACAGAUAUGGUUGACGAUCCUGUAAGAUUUGAUCUUCCCAAACCCAUUGACCUGACUACCCAGGAGGAUUAUGAAAAGGAACAGGAGUGGAGAUAUAUGCAAUCUCGACGGCGAUUUAUGGGAAGCCAGUCAACAACAGAUGGCAUGGGAAGUCCAUCCCUGCGCUCUUCUACAUCAUCUUUGAGUGAGGCUGAAUAUCCAAAAUCACCAGUCGCAAGUACUCCCGGGCAGCCAGAGCAAAAAAUGUCUACCAGUUCAGAUCAAUCCCCUCCAAGCCCGCAGGAUUAUCAACACAUGUCAGAUGAUUCUGGUGGUGCCGGCAAUGAUAGUGAGCUUGCCUUCUGUAAGGGAGUGUCUGACAUCAAAAAAUCUUUACUGGGUUCAACUGAAGAGGCACCGUUAAAACCUACAAUUGCUGAGCAAAACCUUGAGUAUGUCCCUAGGUUAGCAGAUAUCAAAAAGAAAAUUCAGGAAAGAGAGGAAGAGGCACUGCCAAGAGGAAUACCUUUGGAUGGAGAAACUCAGAUGAUUCCAAAAAUGAAGGACAUCAAAAGCAAGUUUUUAACCCCUAAAGAAGAGCAUGCUCCCAAACGGCCAGAGUUUAAUGAACAUGAGCACUUUGAAAGACUGGAUAGUCUUCGAAGUAAAUUUUUAAGCCAAGGGAAAGAAGAAGAGCAGAAGGCCCCUGCCAGACCCAAGCUCAAGAAAAAGCUGAGUACAAGUGAUGACAUGAAGGCAAUUAUGGCAAGUCGACGGCAAAUGUCAGAUGAAUAUGCAAGUGAGGGUCAACAGAGCACCUCUGAUGCAGCGACCACACAGGAGAUUAAAAGUCUGGCAUCCGAUAUUGCUAAGACAUUUGGCUCGGAGAAUGGUGAUCCUCUGGAGAAGCCAGCCAAGAAAAGUAUGAAGCAGAAAAUGGGGGAGCACAUUAAACCAGUGGAAAAUGGGUCUGUUUCUGAAGAAAGUGAUUCAAAACCAGUUGGUCCAUGUGGAAAGCCUGAAGGCUGUGGAACUGAUGAUGAACUUGAUAAGCGAAUGAGCAAGGAGCUAGAUAUUUUACCCACUGUUGGAGAUGAAAUGAAUGAGGAGCCAGGGGCCAUUCUACCUCUCAAAAGAAAUGAUGUUUUAGAGUGUUCCCCUCAGAGAGGUUCCUUUACGGAUGAAGAGAAAGAAGAUGAAGGCAAGACUUCUUGGAAGAAUCAGGAGUCCACAGAUACAGUGGAGACAUCAGCCAAGGAAAGUGAAACUGAGAGUGACGUUGAAAUGAAUACAAAGCAAGUUAAAGAUGAUGGUGAUGAUGAUGAUGAUGAUUGUGAUGAUGGAAAAAGGGAUGCUGAUGGUGCUGACGAUGAUGAAAAGGGAGAAGAUUAUGAUGAUGGAGACUUCUUGAGUUCAGAAAGUGAUGAUAUCAAAGAUGAGGCAGAUGGUUCAAAAGGCCUGGAAGAAAGUGAUGAGGAGGUGGAUGGAAAUGUUAAGUCACGGAUGCCGCCUGAGAGACCCAAGUCAUCAAUCUUGGAGGAUGUUAAAAAGAAGAAGCUUCUCCAAGAAGAUGAGAGGCCCAGGUCAUUUGCGUUUGGUGAUGAUAAAGGAGAUGAUCCUCGCGUCACAUCCAAGUAUGUACCAGAAAUGCUUCUUUGAAAUCAAGAGUGUUAGACUAAGAAAGAUAAUACAGUCGAACCUCCUGUUAAUAAUCACCCAAAAUGCAAAGAUUUAGUGGUUGCUUGCGGGAGGUGGUCCUGUACGAGAAUUGACAAACGGGGGCUCUUCCUAGAAGAGGUCCCAACCCAUCUACUUUAGGGGAGAUAAUUUAUUGCAUGCAUGUGCACAAUUUCUAAGUUACAUACUCAUAUAGUUCCCUAUUGUCACCGAAAGUUUUGUUAUACUCUGAGCAGCAUAGUAAAUACAGUGAACAGAGAUUGUGGGGAUUGUGUCUAGUGGUACAUAUAGCUUACAAGAGGUUAAAGACAAUGGAAAAUGAUAAAACCAGGGAGGUUCUGAUUGUAGGGAGUUGGCUGGGAAAAUUUUGGUGUUAAUGGGAGGUAUUUGCUUAAGAGAGGUGGUUGUACAGGACUGUUCGACUGUAGUAAGAUAGAGAUUCAAAAUAUUGUUUCCUUGCUUGCCACAAACCCACUCCCCUCCCCCCUACCACACCUGCAAUAAAUGCAACUCAGAAUGAAACACCAUGGGUAGCUGGGCUCUUCUUGAACAGAGCCAUGUUCAUUCAUGUGUUUUUUUAUCCCUCAGCCUGUCGCUCCAAACUAGUGAAUUAAAUAUGUUGAUUCUGUGGAUGAAAUUCUUUGAUUUAGGAUUGGUUUGAGAAAUCUUUCUAUGUGCUGUCAAGGGAGGACCUGUAUGUUUGGGGAGUGCUGACCUGGGUGUUGUUAUUAUUGACAGUAAGGCUGGGAACAGGGGUUGCAAGACCGAGAUUUUAUGCAAGGAAUUAGUUGAGAUUUUGGGCGGGAAUCGAGAUUUCAUGCAAGGAAUUAGUUGAGAUGUCGUGUGGGAAUAUUUUAAGUGGGUCCACUUGAAGAUUUUCACCAGGGACUUACCUGUACAGAGUCAGUAAUUAUAUAUUACCGAACAAAAAAGAACUAGGUGAGAAGAGAAGAAAAGGGAUUGUAACUAAUGAUUAAAAGUACUGUUACAUAUCUCUUACCAUUUGAUUUUGUCCAGCUUGAAGGCAUUUUCAGACCACAGAAGGAAAAUUAAGCCAGCAAGACGGCAUCAGGCCAGCAGUAAUCCUGUGCGUCAGCGGCAGAACCGGGAAGAUUUGAGAACUGAAACUGAUGUGAGUUAGUCAUUAAUUUAAUUAUAAUUUAUGCAGUCUAUGGUAGCUUAUAGAUUAAGUGACAGUACUAUAAGGUAAAGAAAUAAAUUAUUCGUUCAUUUGUAUAGUCUGGGAACAUCUUGAUACAUUGUUAUCCCCCACUGAAGAGGUUGGAAUUAAUCCUCAAGGGGAAGAGUAAGUCUUAAGAUCAAGGCAUUAAAAAAAUGUAUUUGUAUGAAACUAAAUUAGAAGUUCUGCUAAAGGGAUGAGUGUUCUAGAACGUUUCACUUCUGUGGGGAAGCAGGGAUAUUUUCCAGGACUGCACAUUGAUAAAUUAUUUUUUGNACCACAGAAGGAAAAUUAAGCCAGCAAGACGGCAUCAGGCCAGCAGUAAUCCUGUGCGUCAGCGGCAGAACCGGGAAGAUUUGAGAACUGAAACUGAUGUGAGUUAGUCAUUAAUUUAAUUAUAAUUUAUGUAGUCUAUGGUAGCUUAUAGAUUAAGUGACAGUACUAUAAGGUAAAGAAAUAAAUUAUUCGUUCAUUUGUAUAGUCUGGGAACAUCUUGAUACAUUGUUAUCCCCCACUGAAGAGGUUGGAAUUAAUCCUCAAGGGGAAGAGUAAGUCUUAAGAUCAAGGCAUUAAAAAAAUGUAUUUGUAUGAAACUAAAUUAGAAGUUCUGCUAAAGGGAUGAGUGUUCUAGAACGUUUCACUUCUGUGGGGAAGCAGGGAUAUUUUCCAGGACUGCACAUUGAUAAAUUAUUUUUUGUGAACAGAAACUACUGAACAUAAUCAUCAAAGAACAAGCUUUUAAAUUGUUACUUACAGUAGUAGGCUGCUGACUGGUAAAAGUUCUGUACCGUGACUUGUGACUGUUAGGUUGCAAGGGGAGAAGGGGUGGUGCCGUGGUGAGAGCAGUCGCCUUCCACCAAUGUGGCCUUGGUUCAAAUCCCGGCGUCAAUGCCAUAAUAGUGGGUUAAGUUUGUUGUUGGUCCUCCUCCUUGCACCGAAAGGUGGAAUUUGGCUAUAUUCUGUAAUUACACAAUGAAAUUUUCUCUUAGCCAGAUAGCCUCUGAUAGUUCAUUGGAAAAAAUGCAAUCAUUAUUGAGUGUUAAAUAGACCUCUUUAGUAUGAAUGUUUUUUUUUUUUGUUGGGCAUUUUGAUAAUACACCAGCAAACUGUUUCUUUCAAAUUUUGUCUCAUCAAAAAAUAAUAAAAAUAAAUAAAUAUAUAAAUUUAAUAAACGCCAAAGGGCAAGUUUCCUUGGGAUCAUCAUUGGUAAAACAAAACAUCAAGUUUAAGAGGUCAAUUUGUAUUGUUUUUACUUUUCUUUUCAGAUACUGAUGAUUCGAGAGAGUCAAGAGAAACCUUCUCUUGCUGGCAGGAAAAGUAGGUAUUAACUUUUAUUAGUGGGUAAAAAUUGGUAAAAACAUGGAAGACGAAUGCUGCAGCUUUAAUUUGUUCAACUAGUGUUGAAAUCAUAUGUCAGUAAUCCAUAACCCACAGCUAGUAAUUUUCCACAAGCCUUGACCAGUAAAUGAGUCUUAAAAAAGUUAGUCAGCAAUAACUGGAGACCAGGAAAUACAAUGUAGUAUUUCUAGAUGUUCUAGAUCUAGGAGCACAGACAUGUGAAGCAAAGAGUAAAAAUAAACUGGUCUGAAAAAAAAAUGGACUUGCAUAGGCUUCGGGUUAUGAGAUCCUUAUCAUGUUAAAUGUUCAAAAAAAAUUAUUAAUAGGCCAUUCAACAUGUUGAACUAGAAUAGAGAUGAUUGUCUUUCCCUUGUGAGGUUGCAGUGGCAUGCAAGUGAUUAACACCAAGCAAGCAGUGCUAUUGACCACUAAGAAAUACAUAAUUAUUACAAACACACUACCUGCAUUUGGCAGAAGCUAUUCAAGGCAGGCAGUGUGGUGACACUACAAUCUGAUUAUAUGUUGUCCCAAACUUCAGGGCUCCGGUUGCUCAAAGCGGGAUUAGGCCAUCUCUACAUGUACACUGCAGCCGAUAGAUUUUCGUUUCAAUUCACAGAAACUGAAAAUCCCUCCGGUAGUCCAUUAGUCCGGUAUUCCAGUAGUCCGGCACAAGGAAAACGUGAGAGCUGCUUGCUCAAAGGACAAGAAAUUCAAGUGUUUUUGAGCCAUAAAUACAUCUAGGUCAUUUAAACAGUCAAGAGAAAUUCUCCUUACUUAUACAAAAUGUAUAGAAAACACUGUUGAGAAAAUUUGCCUGUUAAUUUUAAGGGACAGAAGGGUUAAAUAGAUAUUCUUUUCUUUUCUUUUCUUGUUUUUUUUGUAUUAGAAAAAGAUAAAGGUUUUGCUGAUGAAGCCAUUGCUGGGCUUUCCAGUACAGAAGAUCUGGCGGCUGCGAGCACUGCCUUGAGGAAGACAGCAAAGGAUUCCUCAGGAGUGAGCAAAGAGAUUAAAGAUUUUGGAGGAUUCCUUCCAGUAAUGUUGUUGCAAAUUAAAGGUCGGUAUUCUAUGCAGGGUUCUUAGUAUUGUUUGUGGUAGAAUGGCGCCCAAGGUCCAGUAGGCAGGGAAAGGUGAAAGUGUUUUUGAGAGUUGGCUUUUUCAUUAAAGACGGAACGUACUGUGCUUGGAGUACACUGGUGCUAGUAUGGCGGUUGUGGAUUCCAACCUCAAGUGUUAUGUGGCAAAUUUAAAGGGUUCUGAGAAAAAGCUCUGGUUGACAUUUGAUUAACUGGUAGAUUCUCCUUGCAGAUUACCUUAUGUUUAGUUUUGAAAUAAUGAGAGAAUCUUGUAUUAGACCGAGAUUCACUAAGGGCCGUUUAUAUGUAUCAGUGCCCACUUUUGUGAACAGCUAUAAAGUAGCACAUGCGUUCAUGUAGUUUCUUGGUGAUGUGGACAACUGCGUGUGUAAAACUUAAGAGAGAUAAGACACUGAACAACAACCCACAUCCCAAAACAUGGCAAUAAAUGUGGAUUUCCCUGUUGUGGCUUUUAUGUGCUACUAAUCUAGAUUUAAGUCGACUUGAUUUCAUCAAGUGUACAGGGCGGUUGUGAACAUUGUUGGUAAAAUCUGUUCUGAGGUUAAUAAUAAAUCAGAAUUUCCUUUUUCCACUAUGAAUAAUUUGAGCUAGGAAACAAAAAAUUCUGAAUUCUGAAUUUUAUUGUGAAAAAAACAAAAAAAAACAAAACAAAACAAAACAACAACAACAUGAAGAACAAACAAACAAAAACAGUGAUGUAAGUUAUGCUUGCCCAAGUGCUUUGCAGUUCUUAAAGGAGCUCUGUCACGGAAUUCAGCGAAAUUAGGAAAUUACAAAAUGCCCAUUAAAUUAAGAGAAACAUAAAAAUAACCGCUUAAAACUUUAAAGGAACGUUAAAAUAACAUAACAGAAACAACAGAUACCACGGAUGGGCAAAACUGAAGAAGAUUAAAACCGAUUGAAAUUAGGAUUUUUGAAAACUGUUCAGCCUAACAGUUUUUCAAAAGUUGAUCCCUGCUGCUUGCAACUUCAAAAAUAAUGCUCAGGAGACAUACUUGUUUGUCUCGGAUCUCUUAUUUUGUCAUUUACAUGUAAUUUCUUUGCUUACUUUAAGUUCCAUAGCGAUUGAGGGCGAGUAAUUGGCAAAAUUAAACAAAAUGAACUGGACUGCCGUGACACAGCCCCUUUAACACCAGUUGAAUAAUGACUGUGUCUGGCCAAAGAAUACUUAGCAAGUGAUUUUUAAUAUAAUUUUCUUCCCACAGAGAAAAACAUUGGGUCUAGAAGACACUGUUUAACAAACGGACUGACUCUAUUUUUUUUCAUCUGCUUUAGGAUCAAGGCAUAUUCAGACACGAUUAGUUGAACCUUCAGCCAAAUCUCUUAAUUCUGGGGAUGUGUUUGUAUUGGUCACACCCAAGGAAAUUCAUCUUUGGAACGGAAAGGAUGCAAACAUAAUGAAGAAAGCUAAGGUUUGUUAAAUGCACUGAUCUGUUUUUUCGGUUCUUGGAGGAUGUGGUGGGGCAUUGCUUGGUGGGGUGGUGUAAUGCCGCACCGUUGUGUCACAGGGGACCCAUCCUCUGUGAUGGGAUGCUAAUUUACACACCAGAAAAUCGUUUUAAAGAAAGCAUAGCAGGUGAAAGAAAGUAAUUAGGAGCCACAGGCUACCUAUGCCCGCUGAAGCUAUAAUCCAGUUUCUGUAGCAUGUCGCUUAUAAGCCCCUACCCCAAUUAUACGCCCAUCUACCUGUAAACAAAAAAUAUCCGCUUAUAAGCCCUCCCCCCCGGAUAAAAGCUCCCCUCCAAAUGUAUUAAAAUGAAUUUGAUUUCUUAUGGUGUUUUGAAGCUUAAUUAAAAACCAGUAAAUGCAACACAUAUUUUGAUCAGCACUGCUACAGCUUGUUAGGAAGAAUGCUUUGAUCUUUAACCAAAUUCUCUCAACUAUUCUUAAAGAAAUGUAUGGAGAUAAGUUCGGAGAAUUUGUUUUUGGAUCUUGGGGCUUAAGGGUUAACUGGCUAGUUUUAGAGUGAAAGCUUAAGCACCUCCGCUCAUAAGCCCACCUUAAACCCCUUGUAACACACUGAGAAGUGUAAGUUCGGGAGACAAUUUACCAGGGGCGUAGAGGGAGGUAAACGAGGUACAAAUUUUUGUGAAACGUUUUAACAGAUUCCUUAAUCCCUAAACUUUCAAGUCUUCUGAAAGGCUAGUUUUAGGGAUAGGAAAUCUGUUUGAACAUUUCACAACAAUGUUUACUUUGUUUAACCGCUAGUCUGCACGUCUCACACUCCCUCGACACCCGUGGUAAAUUGUCUCCUUGUAAGUCCAGGGCUUGUAAGCGGCAGUUCACGGUAUUGGUAAUCAUAAAGUUAGGGGUGUUGUUUAGGAUAUUUAUUGGAUAAUCUUUCUCUUUUUUUUAUCAGGGAAUGGAAGUUUCUACCUUGGUCGUGAAGCAGAAGGAUUUAGGAUGCAAUGCUACCAAGGUUCACAUUAUCAAUCAGGAUAAAGAGAUUAGUGAUGCUGCAACUAAACUUUUCUGGAAGACGCUUGGAGGCAAAUCUGAAGUCUCAGGUAAUGUAGUUCAGUUUUUCAUAAUUGGUUAGACAUGUUGGUUAGACAAAACAUUUUUUAUCGCAGAAUUGGCACGAAUUGAGUUAAGUUUUUAGGCUUAAAAACAAUAAAAACUUGGAAGGUAAAUGUGUCAGCUAUAAGUGUGUUUGUUGCAAAUGAAUCCACCCAAAAUUUAAUUCUUCAAAUUUGUCUGUCACCACGUAACGGGCGGGUGAGAUUUGAUUGUGUUAACAGACAAUAAUUGAAAACCGCUUUGUAAUGUUCUUUUUUUUUUAUAACAGAUGCCAGUCUUUGGCCUUCAGAUGAAGAACACGAGAAAGGAGUGACCGCAACUAACUUAGUUUACAGAGUGGACUGCUCGUCUGAGCCCCCUGCACUUAAGCUGCGUGAUGACCUAUCAGGCCGUGUUCUUAGUGAGAGUUUUAUGGAUAAUUCUCAGGUGUGUUUGAAUCGAUACAACUUGACCCCGUUCUCACGUAUUCGGAUAUUUUUGAAGAUGGAGAUUUUUUUCUCCGUUUUGGUUUUUUGUCUUCCGUCCACAAGUAAACGGCGUUUUCGGGCACCAAAAACGCAGGUUUUCGAAAACGGUCCCCAGAGUGGCGUAUAGUUUUUUAUGUGGAAUGGCCGAAAGCGGAGGUUUUUGAAUACGAUGAUGUCAUACAUCUUGACCGCAAAAGAGACGAAAUGACAAAAGUUAAUGCCCUCCUAGAACACUAACUUUAGUAACACUGUAUGGUUUGUAAGCCCAACGGGCUUAUGCUAUGGCUGCACGAGUAUGUUGCAAGUCAAUUCAUUUUUAAAUUUUUCACUUUAUAGUGUUAAUAUUAAUAUUCAUGUAGCAAUGAUUGUGGGUACAAAAUAAGGUAGUACAUGUAGUGAUUCAAAGUUACCCUCGGUUUAGAUUUUUAUAAAAGCUGAAUCACAACAUAUUAACUGAAGCUUGCCGUUUUAUUUUUCAUUUUUUCAAGGCAUACGUUGUUGACUUCGGUUCAGAAGUUUACCUCUGGCUCGGAAGAAAUUGCCACAGUCUAGCUCGAACAAAGGGCGUGGCCCUCGCCCAAGAACUCUUCAAAGGGAAAUUUAAGUAUAAAAGUGCGAUCAGCCCUCUGGACCCCAAGACUAAAUCAGAUGAUCCAGCAGAAAUGCUUGAAGUAACCAGACCAUCCUGGGCGUUGUUUGGGCGCAUGACCGCACGCUCUGAGACGGUGCUUUUCAGGGAAAAGUUCCUUGAUUGGCCCGAUCACAAUGUUGAUUAUACGCAGGACUUUGUUAAACAGCCCAUAAGUGGAAGUUUUGCUAGUUUUUCUGAGGUAAGAAAACGUGUGGUGUAAUCGCAGUGGAUGCUUAGUUCAACAAAGUGCCCAGAGAAGGAAAAUUUAAAAUUACUCUAUACUCGUUAUAAAGAUCCGGGGAUUCUUUGUUUUGGGUUUUCACUAUAUUAACAUACAUGUACAGACAUUAUACACCAGGGCAGGCACUCAGAAUGGAUUUUGGUUGGGGUGUGACACCCAAGCAUAAAAAACUGAACCCUAUUCUCUAGGAAUAGGCUAAUUGCUUAUCUUUAUGGUGAGUGCUAAACGAGCUGUUGGCUUAUGUCUACAUGCAGCCCAUAUAGCCAUACGCCAUGCACCUUGCCAAAAAUGCUUCUCUAUAAUCCUGUUGUGCUUGAAUUAAUAUAUUGGCGGUAAGCGUAAUAGUUAAAAGCAUAUCUUAUUAGCGUAUGUCAUUAACAAGUGGUGAAACCAUGGGAGUAAAGGUAGCCUGUAAAGUAUGUCUUUCAGCUUAACCUAUGUAAUUUCCUCUUUUUCUGUACUUGUAAGUGGUAAUGAACUUCAUAUUAUAUUAAUGCUAUUUUGUAACUGCAUGUAACGUUUUUCUAAUGUCUGUUAACUAUAAUUCUGCUAACGCUCUUCGUACUAACACACCCAGCCUUCAUCUGACGAAAGUGGAAGCUUCCUAAGACCAAAGUCUAAAAAGAGAAAGGUAUAGUAAAGGCUGCUGCUAUUAUAACAUGCGACAGUAAAACCAAAACCAACAGUUUUAGCCUGCAAGCAAACUCUGUUCCCAAGAUUUGCGUGAGUUGUAGGCAGGCCUUCUGCUUUCGAAGUUGCUGGCGCGUGUCACUUCGCAUGAUGUGGUGCUCAAGUGGAGAGCUUGCUCGCAGGCUGUAAAACCUCUCUCUCUCUCUUUCUCUUUUUUUUCAUGCCCGUUGCCAUGCGCUUGGCGACAGCUGUAUUGACAACAUUUAGAAACGAGAAGGGAGCUGGAGCCGAAAUUCUUCCCGCAAUUGUGUCUGGGAUCGUGGCUGGGGACGCGCUGGUCCGGCGUCAGCCAAUUUUUUUCUUUGUCCCAGUAACAAUCCCAGAAGUCUGUGCGAAAGUUAUCUUGACCCAGUUCCCUUCCCGCUUCUAGGGUGACAAAUGCCCUUCCUCAAAUUCGAUCGCUGGGUCGUCCCUUGUGAUUGGAAAGAGUAAGUUGGUGUAACCAUGUUUGAGCUUUUCGAGAGCAAAUGGUGACUAGAAUCUAAUUUCUCUUUUAACACUGCUUUGCCAGAGAAUAGACGUCUUUGAAUAUAUUGAAAUAUCAGUUUACAUAGAAACAGUAGUUGUAGCUGUUGAAUGAAAAAUAUCUCUUCUGCAGUACUUUCACAUGGUACUAUUUUUGAGUCUUUCGAUGAAAUCCUAUGGUGUUUCUACUUCAGCAGUGCUUACCGCUGCUGUGAAAUGAAGGGUUUACCCUCGCUCAUUGGCAAAUCAACAUGCUGAAUAAGUGUUUUAUUCCCAAACAACGUUUCUACUGGUCAACACUCUGGUUUCGUAACACAAUUUCUCAGUAACCUUUCUCCUUAUGGUUUACAUUGAGACCUUUUGGUGCUGGCCUUUUUAGUUUUUUUUCCCAUGAACAAUUUUGUCUAAUUCUUCUGUAUUUUUUGUCAGUAGAUUCAACAUUUUGACGCCAUUUAUUUUCUUGACAACUUACAGAAACGACCAAACAGCAUAUUUGAAAUGCAGCCCUGUGAUCCCAAAAACUUAAUCGACCCUUCUUCAGAACCAAGCCUAAUUCUUGAAGGUUUGUAAGAAAAAUCCUCUUUAUUUGAAUUUCAAUGUAUUAGUAUAGGUAAUAGCAUGAUUUGUAGUGAUAUUUGGCAUAAAUAUCACGAGUGAUAUUUCAAAAUUGUUAUACGUAAUUUCACGAGCCGCUAGGCGAGUGAAAUUUGAGACAAUUUUGAAAUAUCACAAGUGGUAUUUAUGCCAAAUAUCACGUACAAAUCAAGCUAUUAUUUCUUUAUACUACUACCCAUAAAAGGUUUGUAAUUUUCACAUGUAGGUAUUUCAAAUUAGGCUGAAAUACUACUGCUCUAAGCCAAUCAAAUUGCAGAAAUUUCUCAUAUAGUAGUAUAAGGCACGAAAGUACUAAUUGGGAACAUUGAGUAUUUUUACUUCUCCUACCGGGGAUGGGACCUCCAUGUUACGUGGACAUCCGAGCCACGCGAAAGCCUAACCGUUUGCAGGGCAAAGAGAGUACCGUUAUUUCUCAGUCAUUUUAAGACCCUGAGUAUUGAUCUUGCCCUGGGAAUCGAACCCACGGCAACCGGUCAUUUCGCCCCGGUUCCUUCGCCCCCUAUUUUCGAGUCAUUUAGCGCGCUCCAAAUAUAAUAUUCCUCGUUCUAUAAACCGUUAACCAAACAAGCGCGCUUCAAAUAUAAGAUUCCUCGUUCUAUGAGCAAUAAACCUAGACAAGCACGCUUCAAAUAUAAUAUUUCUCGUUCUAAAAUAGGGGACUAAGUAACCGUGGCGAAACGACUUGGGGGCGAGGUGACCGCAGAGCGAACCCACGACCUCCUCCUCUGCUAAUCCUGACGCAGUAAAAGGUGGUCAAUUCCUUAUUUUUCUCUGUGCAUCGUUUUUUGAGAACCGGUUUGUGUACUUUUUGUCUGCAGGCUUUGACGUGGGACGUGGAACUGGAAGUUUUGACCAGGAGGGAAGGCAUUUCAUUGUUUCAUCGAUUUCAACUAAAAUCUGGCAUGUCAAGGAAUACACCUAUCAGUUAUUGCCAGAGGAAGAGUACGGCCAUUUCUUUUCUUCGGAAGGUUUGUCGUUGCUUUUGUGAAAUAUGUCAUGCGCAGUUCUAACGUAACUAUGGUUUGUGUUGAACUGAAUGGUGGCCGCAAAAGUGGCACUUAGGAGCUUAAGCAAUCACAACGACGACGAGAACGACAACGUCAAAAAACAGUAAGUUUUAUGACCUAAACAACAGCUCUGAACGUGCAUCACGCUUUUCAGAACUUUUCUUUGACGUCCACUGCACGACUACGAUGUGAAACCUCCUAAUUCGACUUUUAAUGGAGGACGUAAACGUACGACGAAUUUUUCAGGGUCUUUUUGAAACUGGAUAAGGUCGUGCUCCUUAAGAAUUCAUCUCCAGGAGAAAUCGCCUACUUUUGACAAUUAAAUAAACUGGACCAAAUACACGCGAUAAAGUUUGAAAGGACGCAAAUUCAUUUCUAACGAAGUUUUCACUGCAGUCGUCGUCGUCGUUGCUUAAGCCCCCUUAUGAUGAUGAAGAUGAUGAUGAUGAUGAUGAUGACGAUGACGAUGGUGAUGGUGUUGACGAUGAUGAUUAGUCUUCCUGACGAUCCCACAAGUCGUCGUACUGGGAGCUUGCAGCCAUUGUCCCUUAAGUUAUUGAGUUACGAAUUUCCGAGGCACUGAAUUGUACCUUUCUAAAUUUUCAGGAUAUGUUGUGAGGUGGAAGUAUUGUGUGAAACUCACAGGCGUUAAAACGCUCAAGGGAAAACAGUCCAAGUACGAAGAUGUCGGCCGCGAUAAAGUGGCUUACUUCUUUUGGCAAGGCAAGGACAGUACACUGAAUGAAAAAGGAACUGCCGCGCUCAUGACCGUGGAGCUGGACUCGGACAAAGGACCACAGGUAGGGUACUAACCAGUCAAACGGUAGAUAUUGGCGAAAGCUAAGCAAAGUACACCCUGCUAGCAGAUCCUUUUUUUCGCUUGCUCGAAUUUGGCGUAUUCGAGAAAGACUCUACAUGAAUCGAGGAAAAUCUUUGUUGAGCAUGCGCUGCAUGUUGCUAGGAUACAAUUUGGAACCCAGAGCCUAAUAGCCGUGCGCUUGGUACAGCAGACUCAAUUAAGAUCAUUGGUUGUCAAUAAACGCAUGCUUGUACUCGAAAAACUAGUUUGACGAGAGAAAACAAGAUUGUUUGCUGUCGUGAAUUUCGUACUGUAGAUAGAUAGUUAGAUAUUUUACUUAGUCAUAGUGGUUUUCUCAGUUAAAGCGCUGGUUUACAUUAAAGCCGCUUUUUAAAAUGUACAUACCCAGCAGAGUUUCUAGUUAUUCUAAUUGUUAAAAAAGAAAAAAUCUACAUUUAUAUAUACACACUUAAUGUAAAACUAAGUAUUAUAGUGAGGAAUCAAAGAAGCUGGGAAGCAAGCGGCCCAGUUCAGAUUUAAAUAAGUUCAUUGACUUUGCAUUCACGCAAAUCUUCGAGUAAUUUAUUCCAAAUAAUAAAUUCGCCCUUAUAGCGAAAACGUUUUUUUUUUUGUGCCAUAAUUGGUUUUGGAAAGAGGCAACUGAAAUCUAGAAGAGGAGCCUUUGGAUCAAGGGUGGACCUCAUUUCCAAAAAACUUUGGCAUAGGUUUUCAUGUGCCAUAUAGUUGUACACCCUGAACAUUUCUAUAGCAAGGAGCUUAAUUCUGCGUAUGGCAACGUCAAAGGCUUGACGGGAUUCUGGCAGUGUCCCCUUUGCUCUUUCUCAAUUUCUGUUUCUUUUUUUUCCCUUGGGCUUGCGUUGCUAUAUAUAUGAUUGACUGAAAAACUCCCUCCAGAAUUUAACCAUAACAAUGUUUUGUUGUUCUUCUUGAAGGUUUUGGUUGCCCAAGGCAAGGAGCCACCAUGUUUUACUAGAUUAUUUGAAGGAAAGAUGGUUGUUCAUUCAGGGAGGUAAGUUCUUUACGAUCGACUGAAAUAUUAUUGAUUUGAACAAGUGUGGAAAGUGCCUUGUUGCAGGAUGUUAUUAACGUUAUUUUUAUUUUACUUCACAGGAGAGACUGUGAAGAUGAAACAGGUAUGGAUACUGAGUCACGGUAGUGAUGAUCGUUGAACGAAAGUUAGGUCGUUUAAUAUUUACAAAAAGUUUCCGGAAAAUUCGGUUGGACAGUAAAUUUUGGGUCGUUCCAUCCGAAAAUUUCCCGCAGGAACAAAAUAUCUGAAGAGGCAGUCCUUUUUAAAACGGAAAUUCGUGUUCCCUCUCUUGAAAAUAAUCUUUGAUACCAGUUUUAGGGCUUCGCGUCCGUUUUUCGAUAAAUGGAACUGAAUUGUACAAAUAGUAGAAGCGAUUCCGGGACGAAAUUUAGUCAUGCAUUUUAUCUACCAUUAGCCCAAACCGUGAACUGACCUGUUUGCAAUGUAAAUGGUAAACAACCCUUGUUUUUGCGACUCUACAGCUAGCAUGCGACUCCUCUCACAGUUCAAGCACGAGAAAUUGGCAAUUCGCUCCAGCCAGCUGAUUUAAGCUAAAGACAAGAGCGGUCACUAGUACUUAGAGCGGGCGAAUACGUAAACCAGCAAAGCGAAUUUCGCAAUAAGACGUAAAUGUUAACAACAACGAGAAUAACGUGGCGAAUAUUAAUCUUCCUCUAUUUAUGUCUGUACAAAAUAAUAUUUAAGAAGAAUCAUUACUUACCACUUUUCUGUCACUCUACCAGGAGAUGGAGCAUUAUUUAUUGUAAGAAAUGAAGAACCAGAAGAAGCUUAUUUAUUAGAGAUCCCAGCGAGGUGAAGUAGAUGCUUGUAUCGUUAUUUUGUCGCUCUUGCAUUUUUUUCUUUCAAACGCAUGUGCUUAUUUUUUGACGCACGUGCAAAGUUUUUCAUGCGCACGUGCCGUAGUGUUGGUUUUGAUGCACGCUGUUUUUAACGCACGUGCUAAGUGCCAGAUUGUUGUUUUAAACGGGAUCUGCAGAUAGUUGGAAAUUUGUUUCAAACAUUAUUUUGUUUAGAAUGCCUUAUUUACACUAACAUGUUAUCCUUGACGAGGUUUCCUCGGUAAUAUAAACGGAGAAUAAAGCAGAAAAUUCUUGGAAAACAAACGUCUCUCUUCGACCUGUUUUAAGUGCGUUAAGCGCAUUCUUUUGUUUGUUUGUUUAUAUGUUUGUUUUUUGGGGGUGGGGAGGGGAGGGAAGGGGGUGGCCAUGGUUACUACUAAGACGUAAGAAGUCUUUCUUGAUGUUAUAUACUUAUUCUUUUAUUUCACUUAGACCUAUCUUUUAUUAAUUUUUUUCUUUUCCAGUUCGUCUUGCUUGAGAUCAAGGACAUCAUUCGUGGUAGCAGAUAAAAAGAAAGCUAUACUUUAUGCCUGGCACGGCUGUCAAUCUCAUUCCACUGUGAAAACACUGGCGGUUAAUGCCACAAAAAGACUUAAAAAAUGGUAAGAUACUUAAUUUGUCAUCACUGGCUUCCAAGGAAACAAGUGCAACCGAUCCCAGAUCUGUCAAGCCUGAAUUUGUAUGGGGUUCUUUUUCAACCGCUUAGGUUGUUCAUUCAACUGCGAGGAUCAUGUUCACUUUCAUAUCCUCAUCCGCCUUUGAAAAUAUGAGUCAUUUCAUUUAGUUUAAUUCACAGGAGUUGAACUCGAAAAACCUGUGGCCCAACGUUUUCUUUGCAGUCCGUUUUCAUGAUCCUGGCCAUGACAAACCUAAAAAACUGACAAAAAUUUCGAAGUACAAGAAGGUUUAAUCAUUUCACAGCUUUUAUCUAUAAUAUUGAAAUAAUUAACUGAAAUUUCGAAAUACAAUAUCUUAUAGUACUGACAAUUUGCUGCGUUGUUUUCAGAAAAUGUCUAAUUAGUUAAGAAAAUUCAAUAUUACACAUGUAAUUCCUGUAUCGUCAAGAUAUGACAUAUAUAGGAGCAGCGACUAGACUUUUUUUUUUAUCGAAAAUUUGAUUGACAUUGACCGAAAUAGCUGUAAGCGGAAAAAUUCUACCUACGGCUAGCUUCACAAGACCCCGUUUUACUCAACUUCCAUACAAACUCUGUAUUUCUUCAUUCUCGUGAGGGGCCAGCUCCACUUACGGACACCUUUCUCGCGUCCCGAGGGUCGUCCCGAGGGUGUCCACCUACGAGAGCUUCCUCUUUAUUGUUUUAAUUUCCUUUUGCCUUUCCACAGGUUUAGUAAGCAGUAUUCAAAAGAUUACAAAGCCAAGGAAGUUUCUGAAGGAGGAGAAACCAAAGACUUUUGGAAUGUUCUUGGAGGAAAGGCGAACUUUAUGUCACUUAGUGAAGGUGAGUGUUGCGAUGUCUUACAAGAGGUCAUUCCCCCUUCGUGCAUUAGCUGCUGCGUGGGAAAUGACGAAAAAGCGCGACAGUUUUUUUAGUGUUUUAUUUUGUGAGUGUUCGCGUGCCUUGUUUCUUCCACGGCGGAUAUGGCUUCAUUUUUAGUCUCUCAGGUAGUCUUGACGAGCAAAAUGAACGUAGCGAGCGAAGGAGGGCUAAGAAGGUUGUAACAUUGGGCUUAUGGAUGCAAUCUUACAUGGCGAACUUUUCAACUGGAAAAAAACUGGGCGUUUUGUUCCCCUCUCUCGCCAAAGUUCAAGAUGUUGGUACAGAUAUCUCCCGUGAAUAGCCUGAGAUUGAAAAAUCCUUGUAAAAAAUCGAAAAGGGACCACGCUUUUCCACCGGAAAAGUUUCCAACGGGAAAAGAAGACUUUGUUUUCAAAGCCUUCCACUUAUUCCUGGGAGUUUUCCAGCGAACCUCCCGAAAAGUGUUUGCUUCAUGGUAAACGAAUUUCUUGGUAAAUGAAUAUCGCCCACUGAUCCCUUCUGUCCUUUUUUACUAGUUUUGAGUUAGUGUGCGAAUACGAUUCCGCCUUUUUUGUUUGUGAACUGGACGUAAUCCUACAAGUUGACUUUCCUGAAUAGAUUACUGUUUGCUAUGCUUAACGGCCAUCAGAGUAGGAAUUUACAAGCGAGCGUCUUCUGUCCCUCUGAGAAUUAGGCCAGUCAUUUUGCUUGUAUCGGGCAAUGUUGUGAAUAUACGGUAAAAACGGUAUUUUUAUAGUACAAAGUACCGGCACGAAGUUAUUUGCACUUAAUUGUUUAUCAUUCGGUUUUUUUGUCUUCUUAGAUUCUAAGAAACACGAUUAUACGUUGCGCGUUUUCAACCUGAAGAGCACCAGUGGGUCCUUUGAAGCAACGGAGGUGCUAAACCCCGCGAGAUCAGAGCAUAUCACGCCUUAUCCAAUUCUUCAGUCUCAGCUAUAUUCAGCAGAUCAACCAGGUAAGCUAAAAAUUCUCCGGCUGGGAAUGAAGAGCUUCUCCUCCCCCCCUGCCUUCUUCCAACAGCAGUUACCGCUAUUUCCUUGUACAUGAUGUAAUUCCGGUUUACAAGGUGGCGCUUCAAUUCUCUCCCUCCUUUUUUUGUUUGCUUGCUUGCUUGUUCGUGUUUAAGACUGUUCGUUCACUUAAAAUGCAAGUACACCCAGGAAAGUGAGUGCUUGCCAGCUGUCAAAAGUGCGGUAGUUCUUUUUAUAAUGAACUAUUCAAACAAAAUUUACGUCGGUUGUUUAAAGUGAAUUUGUCAUUGCUGUCUCUUUCUUUAGGGGCAUAGAUAAAAAAAAGUUCGUAAUGUUUGCUGCACUCUUUCGAAAAUUCUCCUCAGUUCUGCGAUGAAAAUACGUUUCGUAAUAAGCCAAUGAUUGUGUUUCGGACGUGUUUCAUCUUCCAACAGUAGAUCAGUGGGUUGAGCGAUGAAUUCAGAAAUGACAGGGUCAGAGUGUAAUAAUAUAAAUGUUCUACAGCAGUGUUUGAUAGAGACGUGAAGGCAACAGCAAAUACACUACAGAGGUGUGGCAGAUAGCAAACCUGCACCACGAGACAAACGUAAACUGCCAUGAUGGCAACCUUCCUCAGCCUUGUAACGCUAGCCAUUUGUCCGUUCUGCGAUGCUUGUUGUAGCUGCUGCACUUGAAUUUGGUUUACGUGGCGACGCACGGAGAAAUAAAUUCGUACACUAAAGAAAGUCGCAGCUAUGACACAUGCUAGUACUGUAAUGCCAAAAACCACGUGCAUACUCUUUCGGAUCCACAGCCUCGUCAACGAAAACAGUCCGCUUAAUACCCAAAUUGAGACGACAACAGCAACAACUCGCUUGUGUGUCACAAGUUCUUGAUAUCUAAGGUAAUAUUGAAUGGCUAUAAAUCUAUCAGCACAAAGAACAACGACGAGAAACAGCGUCGCGAAAGUAAAUAAAUUCAUCGGAAGAAGAAACGCAAUAUACAUGGCAUUAUAAGUCUUACUAGUUUCAUUAUUUUCGUUCAAGUUCGUAGAGAUAAGAUCUACCACCGUCAUUGGCUGAGCUAGUAAACCAACACCAAGGUCAGAAACAGCCAGACUCAGGAGCAGUGUUUUUAAGUUCUUUGACAAGGACGCAGUUUUUCUUAUAGCGUGGAUUGUAACAAUGUUGAGCAUGGUGGCGGUGUAGGAUAAAAAUGCAUUUAAAAGGCAAACUACGAGAUACGAGAAAUCCAUUUGUUGUCCUUUUUGGAUUUGUGCUGAAGCCAGUUAAAUUCCUAUCAGAUGAUGGAAGAGUUUGAUCUUUUAUGAAUUCAGCAGAGUUAGUUUCGUGGACUUCUUCUACCGGAGCUUCGAAGCAGAUUGACUUAUUUUUAGAAUUUCACGACUUUCAAUAAGUUAUCCUUUGAUAAGUACUUUGACUAAAUUCCUUUUUAACUGGGCCACUGUGAAACAUUUCAUCUUAACACAAUGACGCAGCGACUAAUCAUUAAGUAUUGCUGGUCUAAGUGUCAGAUCUCUUGGUUAUUUUCAAGACAAAUUGUAAAAUCGUUAUGUGUGUUUGUUAGCUUCAUACCAAUUUAAAAACAGGAGGUUCCUUUUAAAGUAACUUCAACUGAAACACAGGAAACUUGCCCCACCAUUUUUCCCGCUUUUGACAGUUAAGUCAUAUUUGAGGGCUUUUUUUCUUUAUUGGGGCCACUAUAUGGCUAUAUUGCAUCCGAACGAGCGAAAUGCGAAAAAGGAACUAAACUGUCCUUCACCCUUGUGUAUGCUCCAGAUGCUGUAUUUUAAAAGAACGUCGUAUUCAUUAAAAUUUACUGCAAAAUGACAUGUUUCUAAUUAGUUGGAACUAAAAGCGGUCGAUUGAAACUUUAGAAAAAAACUGUUCCUCGUUAGUCUUUUAGCCCAUUUAAUUUUGAUGAAUAUGUUAGGGCUUAAUGCCUUUGUUAAAGACCUCUAGUUUUUGGCGUUAACAUAAUGGCUUCACAGUCCCUAUUGAAGGAGCUACAAAGUGUUUCGUCUCUUUAAAGGUGUUGAAUUUUUUUAUAUUUCCACACGUCCAAAAAAUCAUAUUUAGUUAACAGUAUGUUAUAAAUAACCAGCUCGGAAAAUUUUAGCUGUUUAAUUUACAUAUCAUAUGGUUUCCUAACCCUUUCAUUAAAUUCUGUUGUAUUUGCAAUUUGCAAUAUCGACGACAUAAACUAUUAGUGGACAAUUUUCGUUGGCUUUGCUCCCAACUGUUUAACCGGCGCAAGCGGGCUUGUUACAAAAUGUUUCGUCUCUUUAAAGGUGGUGAAAAUUUUUUAUAUUUUCCACACGUUAUAAAAAUCAUAUUUAGUUAACAGUUGGUUUUAAAUAACCAGCUCGGAAAAUAUCAACUGUUUAAUUUACAUAUCAUAUGGUUUCGUAACUCUUUCAUUAAAUUGUGUUGUAUUUACAAUUUGCAAUAUCGACGACAUAAACUGUUAGUGGACAAUUUUCGUUGGCUUUGCACCCAACUGUUUAACCAGGGCAAGCGGACUUGUUACAAAGUGUUUUGUCUCUUUAAAGGUGGUGAAAUUUUUCAUAUAUUCCACACGUUUUAAAAAUCAUAGUUAGUUAACAGUAGGUUUUAAAUAACCAGCUUGAAAAAUUUCAGCUGUUUAAUUUACGUGUCAUAUGGUUUCCUAACUCUUUCAUUAAAUUGUGUUGUAUUUGCAACUUGCAAUAUCGACGACAUAAACUAUAUGAGUGGACAAUUUUCGUUAGCUCUGCACCCAACCAUUAAACGCAAGCGGACUUAAGAACUAAUUUUUUUGUUGUUAUUGUUGUUGUUGUUCAGGUGAAAUUCAUUUGCUACCCAAUUCUAAUUCUACUCUGAAACUGGGAACAAAGUUUGUGAUUGGCUGAGAAAACAAUAUGUUGACAUAACAAUGCUCCUAUCUCUGAAAACAAUAGGGAGUGCAGGUUAUAGGGACCAAUGAAAUAAGAGCUUUGGAAGGGUGCUGGUCAAUAGGAAAACUAGCGCCAACAAUUCAUAUUUAGGUGAGAACGCGUUAUUUUCCCGAAUUCCCUAUCUGCUUCAGGCUCCUGUUGGAAGCUAUUUCAGACCUUUCUAGGUCAGAAUGGGAGGGGAAAAUAUAGUAUCAGUAACCAAUAAAGUUUGUAAACCGCAAAAGCGUCAAGGUUCCACAAUCGAUCGAAAUUGUCAUGAGAAUGAAUAGCGCGCAAGACAGCUGUUGAAGUUUAACCUGCUAGAGAGAGAACGCGCCUCUCACCCCGCCCCUCACACUCGCGUCUCCUUAAGCGUGCUGCUGUCGCGUGACUUUUGGCGACUCCCCCAAAAUAGAGAGCUUGCUUUCAGGCUAGUUGACGUUUGAUGUUCUCGUUUCUGGGGAAAAUUUUCAGUAUCUCUUUUGACGGAGGUAAAGGGUGGUUUCGUUUCUACGGCCGUGGCUUUUUCUUUUCAUUAUUAUCCUUGGUGAAAUGUUGCUUACUGAAAUCAAAAUAACAAUAAAAAACACUGCAGAACAUUACAAAAUACCACUGAGGGAAAGCAGAUUUGACAAUACAUACAUGUAUGCUUUUGAGACCAAAACAGUUAAACCAUAAAAUCUUAAGGGUUCUAAACGUGUACAGUUUCAAGGAAGGUGUGUAUCAUACUUUCCCCCACCUUUUAUUAAGAAAAAUCUCGUACACUUUAAAUGUUUUAAAUUUUUUAUUGGGGUAUGAAUUCCACUCACGCUUUUCAGUGAGAAAAGGGUUCAUAUGAAACCUGUUAUAUGUUAACGUUAAAUAUUAGUGUGUUGUUUUGCUUAGCUUCACCAACAUUUAAAAUGCAAUAAUGAGAUAACUAUAUCAUCUCAGUUAAGGUCAAUUUCAACAAAAACCUAUGCAACAUGACGAUUUAAACGUUUUAAGGUUUUAACGUAGUGAAAAGGGUACAUGAAGAAGAAACUUAAGUCAUUUAGCUCGUAAGCUGGCUUACUCUUGCAUCAAUAAGACACUGCGAAGUGUGUCAAUCGCGCUUUUAAAGGUUCAUUUUACAAAAGUAUUGAAUUUUUUUAA